AGUAUUGCUGUUGCUGGUCUUUUCCUGACGCGGCCGAGUCGGAGCGAUGGCGCGCACGAAGCAGACGGCGCGUAAGUCGACGGGCGGGAAGGCGCCCCGCAAGCAGCUGGCCACCAAGGCCGCCCGCAAGAGCGCGCCGGCCACGGGCGGCGUCAAGAAGCCGCACCGCUACCGGCCCGGCACGGUGGCGCUGCGCGAGAUCCGGCGCUACCAGAAGUCCACGGAGCUGCUGAUCCGCAAGCUGCCCUUCCAGCGGCUGGUGCGCGAGAUCGCGCAGGACUUCAAGACCGACCUGCGCUUCCAGAGCUCGGCCGUCAUGGCGCUGCAGGAGGCCAGCGAGGCCUACCUGGUGGGGCUCUUCGAGGACACCAACCUGUGCGCCAUCCACGCCAAGCGCGUCACCAUCAUGCCCAAGGACAUCCAGCUGGCCCGCCGCAUCCGCGGAGAGCGCGCCUAAACUGCUGGCGAACGGAGAUUCCUGAUCAGCGAAAACCCAAAGGCUCUUUUAAGAGCCACCACAACGUCUGUUAAAGAGCUGUAAAUUCCUACUUACGGGUAGAAAGUUUUGUUUUUCACAGGCAGCGAGAUUUCACGUGUCAAGUAAGUACCGAACAGCGCGUAAAUCGUUUUUCGUAGGAACUAGAUACUGCCUUUUCACCAAACUG